UCAAAUGAUCCUCCCGUCUUGGCCUCCCAAAGUACUGGGUUUACAUGCAUGAACCACUGCACCCAGCCUGGGGUCCAUGAGGACACUAAUCCUGUUCAUCACCUAAUCACUUUCCAGAGGUCCCAGCUCCUAAUGCUACCACUUUGAUGGUGUUAGGUUUGACACCGAAUUUGGAGAAGACACAAAUAUUCAGACCACUGCAGUGGUUUAUUUUUAAAGAUUCCUAGAUAUGUCAGUCUGGAAUUCCAGCCAUGGAAGAGUGUCUCCCCGUGUCCUUGACAAUAUUCUCAUCGGACAUUUGAUUUGUGCUUAUUCAUUAACAAAGCAUAAUGUAUCAAUAUAGUUUUAUUUCUUGAGAUGGGGUCUUGCUAUAUUGCCUGGGCUGGUCUCCAGUUCUUGGGCUCAAACAACUCUCCCGUCAUGGUCUCUGGAGCAGCUGGGACAGCAGGCAGAGAAUGUCUUGGAGUGGGGCUGAGUGUUGGCUCGUGGGUUUGAAGAGCCAGUUGGUUUCCUUCCCUUGGCCUGUGGGUUUAUACCCUUUGUCUGUCUUCAGUCGGUUCCUUUGUUAUUGGUUUAUAGGAAGAGAUAUGCAUCCAGACACACAUACGUGUACAGCGCUGGCCCCUGGUCUGGGGUGUGAGUUGCAGGCAUUUGCCCCAGAUGUAAUUUGUCUCUUGGUCUCUGGACUCUGCGCUGCCUCUGUUUUGUUUUUUGCUAUGCAGAGAUUUUUAUACUUUUAAGUAGUCAAAUAUAUUCACUUUUCGGUGACUUCUGGGUUCUGAGUCUCACGGAAGAAAGCUUCUCUGUUCUGAGGUUGUGUUGGGAACCACUCCUCCCUUCUUCAGCCCUUCUGUGGCUCUGUCGUGUGGCAGACAGAGAGCCCUGCCUGUCAGGAGGGUCUGGGCCUCCUGUGCUGGGCCCAGGCCCUGAGAUCGCCUGCCCCAUUCCCCAGCAUGCCCUGUGGUGCCUGUGGUCUGCCUGUUUAUCCUCAGAUCUUUAUCCCCUGGCGCUGUGAAUCCCUUCAGUUGGCUGCAUGUGGAGCCCACCCUGACAAUGAAGGAGGCAUGGGGCAGGGGUCACCAAGGGUGGGAGAAGGAUGAGGGGGCAGGAGCUUAAGAAGGCCAUGGCCAGAGCAGCACAGAAUUCAGUGACUACUACAGGGAAGGGCGUAGCCCUUGGGCCUCAGGCCAUCCCUUGCCACUCCUGGGCUGGGGCCACCCUCCCUCCACACCCUUCUGCCGGUGCUGAUGGCCCACCCUGCCCACCCUGCCUGUCCUUGGAUCAGGGGCAGUUACCUGCAGCUGCGUUUAGGGAGUUGCCUCUGAUAGAGGGGUGUCCUGGGGCUGCCCAGCGAGUCUCCAGGUGCAGCCACACUUGCUGCCCUGCUGUCUGCCUGCUCCAGGAGUGCCCUAGGGAAGGCUGGAGGACUCAGCUUGUCACUGUCAAACCAGCUGUCAGUGCCCCAGCAUGACCAGUGUGGGCCAGGUGGUGGGCCACAGGGAGGGGGCAGGGCAGACUGAUAUCCUCAGUCACCAUUGACAGGGAGGGAGGGGUGGCUCUGGUAGAUGGGGCCCCCUCCCCCUCCUCCCCUGCCCUCUUCCCUUCACCCUCCUGUCUUCAUCCACUACCCUCCUCCCCUCCUUCUCCUCCCCUCUGCUUUUCCCCUCCCCCACCUCUUCUUAGUGCCUUCCCUCUCCCCUUUCCCUGUCCCCUGUCCACACCCACAGUUGGGUUUUGCAGCUUGUGGAGGGCCCAUGCUGACCUGGCUAUAGGGGUUUUCUGGGACAGUGGCUUGGGGCUCUUGGGUCCUGACGGGUCCAGGCCUGGGGGGAGGCACAGGUGGAAGGCUGUUGUCCUCCUGAGGGCUGUUCUGGUCACAGCUGUGUCGUUCCAUCUAGGGAUGGAGGUCUCCACCUGCGAGCUGCCCUUGUGUGUGAGGUGUGGCUUUCCUGGCCCUGCUCCCCAGCCUGCCCCCCGCCCUAGUCCUGCUCUAUGUGCCCAGCUGUCCUGGGAUAUCCCAUAUCUGGCCCUGGGGCUUGGAGGUGUCUGUGCAUGGAUGCCCACAGUGCCACCCCGUGCUCCUGUCCUGACCCCUAGGGUGUCUGAGGGGACCUGUGUACACUGCACUUCCUUCCCUCACCCAGGCCUCUCCCAGCCUCAGCCCACAGCAGUGUCCAGGUUUGGAGGACUGACUGGUCCCUCCUGUCCUCCCUGUGGGGCCUGUUGUGCUGCAUGGGGCCUGUGCCUCGGGGACCUUGGGGAUUUGCUAGAAGGGCCCUUGGGGUCCUCCUCUACCCACUCCCUGGCAGCCUGGCACAUGGGUGUGUGUCUUGAAUCCCGGGCAUGGCCUCCCCAAGUGAAGACCCCCCCCCCGUGGCGCCCCUUGGUAGCUCACUGACUGGUGGGGGGGCUGUUGCAGGUCCUGCUGCCUGCAACUCUGGCUCAACUCAGAGGGCUCACGGGGGCUCGGGCUGGCUCUGAGCAUCCUGGAGGAGCAGACCCCAGCUUAGGGAGCAGAAUGUCAGCUUGGCCGGGCAGGGUAUCUCAGCACGCCCACCAGGCGGGUGGCUCCUGUGGAGGGGCUGUGGGGUCCUUCCUGGGGCCUCUACCUGCUCCCUCUGUGGCCUGCGCCUGUGGCCCUGGAGGCAGGUGCCUUUCAGUAGCCUAGGGGUCACCUGUGUGGCCUUGCCUUUGAUGGGAUGUGCUAGGGAGCCUCUUGGGCCCCUCCCCUCCACACCCCUGGGCAGGAGCUACUCCCUCUGGGUGGGUGGUGGGGUCUAGCAGGGCCAUGCGAGGGUGUAGGGGGAGCCUUCCCAAGCUGGCACCCCGGUAGCUCCCAGAACGUUCUGAGUCUACUGUUCUCUGCUGAGGUCUGCUGGGGGUGAGUUGGGCAGCAUGUGUCCAGUGGUGCUCUCGGGAGGGGCUUCCGAGCCCUGGCCCUGUCCAGGCAGGUGCCCUCCCAAGGGCUGUGGGGCUGAGUCUGGCUUGAGGUGGCGGUGCCUGGGGCCCCUGACAGUCCACCCAUGUGGGGACACUGGGCUGGCAGGUCUGACACAGCUGCAGAGCAUGCUUGGUCAGUCCCAGGAUAGACAGGUGACAUGGGGGCGGGGUCAGGGUUUGACGUUGAGGACCAAAAGGCCUUGGCUCCAUGUGGGCUGGGCCAGGGCGGGGUGUGAGGGAAGCCCUGUGAAGUGAGUCCAGCAGCAGCAGCAGCAGCAGCAGCAGCAGCAGCAGCAGGUGAGCCAGCAGCGGGCUGCGGGGAGGGGGCAUCCAAUAGGGUGGAGCCGGGUUCCUGGAGCAGUUGAGGUUGGGGAUGCAUCCUCAGUGCUGGGGGCUGGUGCAAGGCCUCGUGUAAAGAUGGAGGAUGGUGUGUGUCAGCUCAGAGGCCCCCAGGGGUGACCUAUGGGGAGGGGUUAGCUGGGGUCUGUCCUGCAAAGGAGGAUGUCCAGGCUUGGUGAGGUGAGAAGGGUAGAGUGUCAGAGAACCAAGAGCCACUUCCCAGUGCCACACCCAGGCAUUGAGGUGGGGAGACCCCAACCAGAACCUGGGACAUAUGCAUAGACUGCAGGAGUGCUGGGAAGCUGCAGGGGGCCACAGGACCGUAGACAUCCCAGCAGGUCAUGGCAGAGGGUAGGGGGACCUCAGGUGGGGUCCUGCAGGUCAGCUGGGGCCGAAGAGGGUGGAGGGUGUGGCAGAUGCCCAUCAGGCAUAGCUUGGGAUUCAGGCUCCGGAGCCUCCUCCCUGCCCACAGCACUAGGAGGGGCUGUCCUCUUUCGUAUGUUGUGUGUGUUGUGAAGGUCUUGUCUGUCCAGCAUAGCUAGAGUCAGCUAGACUCCCUGAAACUGUGGGGGUUGAGUUGGCAGCAGAGACAGCCCUGAGGUUGCUGCGACCAUGCUCACUGGAGUGGGGGCCAUGGAUGUGCAGGGGGCCAAGGCCCUUCUCACCUCCCCCUCCCCUGCCUGCUCAUCCUGGAUUCUUUCUGCCCCUCUCACCCCCGGAUGGACAUGCCUGUCCCCUGUCCCCUGGCCACCGAGACACCUGGCCAGGCUCCAGCAGGGCUUCCUGGCGCUGGGCUCACACUGGCCUCUCUGUGCCCAGGCUGACGGGCAGCGAGCCCCUGACCGUCCUCCCGCUGACCCUGGAGCCCGAGGCGGCCGCCCAGGCACACUACAAGGCCUGCGACCGGCUGAAGCUGGAGCGGAAGCAGCGGCGCAUGUGCCGCCGGGACCCGGGUGUGGCAGAGACGCUGGUGGAGGCCGUGAGCAUGAGUGCGCUUGAGUGCCAGUUCCAAUUCCGCUUUGAGCGCUGGAACUGCACGCUGGAGGGCCGCUACCGGGCCAGCCUGCUCAAGCGAGGCUUCAAGGAGACUGCCUUCCUCUAUGCCAUCUCCUCGGCUGGCCUGACGCACGCACUGGCCAAGGCAUGCAGCGCGGGCCGCAUGGAGCGCUGUACCUGCGAUGAGGCGCCCGACCUGGAGAACCGUGAGGCCUGGCAGUGGGGGGGCUGCGGAGACAACCUCAAGUACAGCAGCAAGUUUGUCAAGGAGUUCCUGGGCAGACGGUCAAGCAAGGAUCUGCGAGCCCGUGUGGACUUCCACAACAACCUCGUGGGUGUGAAGGUGAUCAAGGCUGGGGUGGAGACCACCUGCAAGUGCCACGGCGUAUCAGGCUCAUGCACGGUGCGGACCUGCUGGCGGCAGCUGGCGCCCUUCCAUGAGGUGGGCAAGCACCUGAAGCACAAGUACGAGACAGCACUCAAGGUGGGCAGCACCACCAAUGAAGCGGCAGGUGAGGCAGGUGCCAUUUCCCCACCACGGGGCCGUGCCUCGGGGGUGGGCGGCAGUGACCCGCUACCCCGCACUCCAGAGCUGGUGCACCUGGACGACUCGCCUAGCUUCUGCCUGGCCGGCCGCUUCUCCCCGGGCACCGCUGGCCGUAGAUGCCACCGUGAGAAGAACUGUGAGAGCAUCUGCUGCGGCCGCGGCCAUAACACACAGAGCCGGGUGGUGACGAGGCCCUGCCAGUGCCAGGUGCGUUGGUGCUGCUAUGUGGAGUGCAGGCAGUGCACACAGCGUGAGGAGGUCUACACCUGCAAGGGCUGAGUUCCCAGGCCCUGCCAGCCCUGCUGCACAGGGUGCAGGCAUUGCACACGGUGUGAAGGGUCUACACCUGCACAGGCUGAGUCCCUGGGCUUGAGCAGCCCAGCUGCGUGGGGUACAGGCAUUGCACACAGUGUGAAUGGGUCUACACCUGCAUAGGCUGAGUCCCUGGGCUCAGCCCCAGCUGCAUGGGGUGCAGGCAUUGCACAGAGCAUGAAUGGGCCUACACCUGCAAAGGCUGAAUCCCUGGGCCCAGCCAGGCCUGCUGCACAUGGCACAGGCAUUUCACAUGGUGUGAGGAGUAUACACCUGCAAGGGCUGAGACUCUGGGCCCAGUCAGCCCCGCUGCUCAGAGUGCAGGCAUUGCACACAGUGUGAGAAGGUCUACACCUGCAAGGGAUGAGUCCCCGGGCCUGGCCAACCCUGCUGUGCAGGGUGAGGGCCAUGCACGCAGUGUGAGGAGUCUACACCUGCAAGCACUGAGGGGCUUUUCUAGCACAUUGGGGUGUACAGCUGGAGCAGGGUGCCAGGGGUCUUCUGGGUUGACUGUCCAAGCCCUGUGUCUCCCCCUCUCCAGGACCCAGAGGCGGGAGUUGGUUCUGGUCUGGCGUGUGCAACCUCUUUGCUUGUGCCCUGGGCCUCAGCUUCCUCCCUCUGACCCGAGAGCAUUGCACCAAUGCUUUCUGAGCUUUCUCCCAUCCCUAACACGCCAGUCCCUGGGAAGUGGCUCCCCAUGCCAGUCCAUUGGCUUUCCCUCCCCACCUCCUCUGAGGCAUGGGUAGCAGAUGCACCUUGGUGACCGUGUGGCCUCCAUGUGGGCCACCCGUUGGGGACUGGCCUGGCCCAGGCUGCCCCAACACCAGCACUGUCUUCAGAGACUCAAACCACUAGAAGAGGACGCAGCCUGUUCUGCACUCCCAGGGCCUGGCCGUGCAGGUGCCCAGGCUCGGAGGACACUGCCGACCUCUGACGUUGAGCACUUCUCUUUGGAGUAAAUAUCAGUGACUUUUAAAUUAUUAUGAUUAUUUAACUAAUAUAAUAAUUAUUAUUUUCUCCAUCCCUGCCACCUCCCCAGCUGCAGCUCCCCGCUCUCGACCAAGCCCCAAUCUGGGAGGGCCCCGCCUUCCAUCUCUGACAUGUUCCCUCCUAACCCUGCCUCUGAUCUGCUUAGUUGUUUGAAACCACUAAAUGGAGAUAGAUGUGUGUAGUUAAGGAAAUACAGUGACCUGCGUCUGGCCACAGCCCUUGGGGCUUCUGGAAGCCAGCUCCCCCUGCUCCAUGCCAGCCAGCCACUGCCACAUGGUGGGCCAGCCGGCGGCCCCUGCCCUGCACCCUGUGGGCAGACGGCUCAGCCUCCAGGCGGCUCGGUGCAGAUUCUCAUGCUGGGGGUGGUAGGGAGGGGUGGGUAUGGUGAGGGGGCAGGGCAGCCCUUUGAUUGGUUCAUGUCAUGUCAUGAGGAAGCUGCUUGCUCUGUGUCACUGGGGGACAGAUUGGGACAGAUGCCGGUAGAGGCAGUCUUGGGCUCGCAUCUGGCCAUGGAAUGUCAUGCGUUAUGGCCCUGCUGUUGUGUGUGCUGGGGACAGGGUGACCUGCACUGACCUGGCUUGGUUUGAGGGUAUAGUGUGUGUUCUGAGAGUGUGUGUGCUGGCAUGGUCAGUGUGCAUCCGUGUGUGUGUGUCGUGAGUGCGUGUGUGCUGGCGUGGUCAAUGUGUGUAAGCGUGUGUUGUGUAAAUGCAUGCUGGUGUGGUCAGUGUGUGUGUGUGUGUGUGUGUGCGCGCGCACUGGUGUGGUCACCUUGGCCGUGCUGUGCUGUCAGUGGCAUGGUGGUGCCUUAGGUUCCCAGAGCCUCUCGCCUUGGGCUCCAUCUUGUGGGUGUCCUGAUGGUUGUGGCUGGGUUCUGGGUGGGUGGCUGGUAUGGACACAGGAACUACUGAGUGAAUGGGUAUCUCAGAGUCCCAUGGAUCUCCAGAAAGCUGGGGGGUCUGUGUUUUUAAAAGAAAACCUAUUUAUGUUGCUGUGGGUCUCUGCCAUCCCUGUGUUAUAGUACAUAAGAACGUUUAUUCUCCUGUGGUUCAGAGAGCACCCCAACAUGUGCCUGCAGCUGCAUCCCCAGACCACAGUGUGGGUACAAGACGCUGGGUUUGUCCUUGGUCUCGUGGAGGCCUGGCUAGAAGGGAUAGGGGUGGUAGCCCCUGCCCUCUGCAGUGUCCGCAUCCACCGGACCCUGAGCAGCAUAGCUGGCCACACCCUCAUGACAUGACAAGACUGUCACUCAGUCACUAUUGAGUCUACAAAGGGCAUCAAGUCAGAGGAAGGUUUUUAUGUUUAAUCAAAUAACACAUUUAGCUCUAUGUCAUAAAUAUUCAGAAAAGUAUUUUUUUAAACAAGGCAGACCAAAAAUGUCUGCUAGCUGGUUGAUUUCUAUACAAAUAUAUAUUCGAAUGUCUUGCUGGAUGAAGAGGCCGCUCAGCCGGAGCCUCCUGUUUCAUGCGCUUCUCUUCCGAGGGGCAGUAGAGGAGAAAGGGCUGUUGGGAGGGGUUCAGCCCGCUCCUUGGCCAAGGGAUCCCAGCCACCUUCUCCGCACCGGGCCCCACCACAAGGGACCUGGACCCCCAGGUGGCUUCUGGCCAGGCGUGGGUGGGUGGGAGGGGCCCUGUCUGUGCUCUGAGUCUCCGUGCGUGCAAUGAUUUCUCUACCUCAUCUGUGUGGCCUGUCCCAGAGGGACUGUGGAGAAUGUAUUUAUUUAACAGCUUUGUGUCACAGAACCAGAAACAAAUGGAAACACUAAAUAAAUGUAUUUUAAAUUA